AUGUCCCCCGAUCCCGACGCCUUCACGCCUCCGCCAUCGCACGCACCGCGGUCUUCCUCACCAUCCAAAAGAAGAAGAGUCGAGUCACUGAACGAAAUCGACCGUCCGCAGCCAACCGCAAACGAUGCGGAUACACCACAUGCAGCUCUGUUGGCCACUAAAAAACAACAGGGUGCCUUGGUCCUGCUGCCCAACCGCGCCUACUCCCGGACACGCAGUUCCUCUCCACGCAAAGGGCGGUCAUCUAGCCCCAUAAAACGAACUAUAGACCUUGGCCGGCUCGAGAAGCCAGUUCGAAUGGCGUCCUUGUCGAACGCGUCCGCACAGCUCCCCGACCCAACUGUUUUAGACUUACAUCGGCGUAUCGAUAAAAUCACGACCUUCCGGACUCCAUUUAUCCGAGCGAGUGAGGAGCCGGCCCUUGUCCAUCAUCUCAAACAAACAGGGGAAGAAGCCUGGCCACAGGACUGGUAUCUUUCAACCGAUGGUAACGAUAGCAUACCAACGAAAGCAGAGCUUUUCGCCUUGCUUCAGAUUAGGGAUGAGGCAGCCAGAUGCAUGGAAGAGAGGGAAUCGGAGACGGCGUGGAACGCGGAAGUACACCUCCCAUUGCUUAGGCUCGCGACGGCAGAUAGGCCUGGCGUCAGAAGUCUACUUGUGCCAACAGCGCGAGUGACAAUUGACUGGCUUCCAGCCAUGGCGGCCAGCGGGGGAAUCUCUUCGGCAGCAUCUUCAUCUGCCGCAACCGCUACGACGAUAGGGACAGAGUGUGACAUCGUUACCAGGGGUAAGAUGAUCGACCUCGCUAUUGCCUUGAACGAAACCAAAAAAACACCACUUGGGGCCUCUAUUGAGCAGACUAUCCAGAAGUCCGGGCAGGUUUCAGUCAACCACACCAGCCACGGCCCGCUGAGACUGAGGCCAAUGGGCAUUCCCAUUGAAACAAAAGUUUCGACCAGUGCAGACGAAGGACGAACGCAACUGUCAAUAUGGACGGCGGGCUGGUUCGCUCGCAUGGAAGCUUGGGUUUCGGAAAAGCGAGCGGCAAAUCCAGGAACCAAGGUUCGAGUGCCAUCGACAAUACCGGUCAUCUUGAUCACAGAGCACGACUGGAAACUGUCGUACAUUUGCGACCGAACAGAGGACUUUCAGUUUGUGUACGAGGUCUCCAUCGGAAGUACGAAGUCGUUAUUGGAACUGUAUAAGCUCAUGGCCGUCCUGAGGGAUUUGACGUACUGGGUAGAUGUUGAAUUGCGCAGUUUUUUUGAGGAAUUGUUUACUUCAUCUUAG